GUUGCUCUAUGGUAACACGGAAGUAAGUAGACCAGACGCGAGAUGUGGUUUUGUGUCUAUGGUUGGGCUGCUAUUCUCCAGCGCGGGCCGAGUCUUCCCAGGUAGCGAGGGUUGUGUGAGAGGCUGCGCCGGCGUUGCUAUGGCGACUCCCUUCCCGCUGGCCCUCCCUGUAUCAUGUGCUUGCCGCCCUCUUCCUUGCUCCAGUCUCCUCUUUCCUGUCGGAGGACGGGAGGGAAUCAGGUGGCGCUCGCUGGGAUGGCACCAGCUACCCGAAAGGAAAUGAUGCUGCAGAGUUUGGCGCAGCUACUGCAGGAUUCUGGAGACUUGAUUCUUGAUGGUACUAGUACCUUGACCUUAUUAACCUCCACACUGCACUAUCUCACACAAAUAUUUGAGCAGCAUUUAAUACCACGAAACCAGAAUCACGGCUUUAUUGCACUCUCAUCACACCCUGCUGAAACUUCUGCCAUCCUUCAAGCCCAGUUCCUCUUUGAUGUCUUGCAGAAGACACUGUCUUUGAAGCUAAUUCAUGUUCCUGAUUGUCCUCUGCCGACGGUUGUGAAGAUCUUCCCUUUCAAAUCUUUACGACGUUUAGAGUUGAAGUGUGUCCCUCUGCACUGUUUGAGGGGACUACGAUUUAUCUAUUCCCAAUUGGAGGCUUUGACCUGUUCCAAGUGUGUGAGCUCAUUGCAGGAAAUAAUAUCAGCAUGUGGAGGAGAUCUCAGUUCUGCCCUGCCUUGGUUGGAACUGCAGACUGUCAACUUCAGCUACAAUUCCAUCUCUAACUUGGAUGACUCACUGCAAUUAUUGAAUGCCCUGAAGGCUUUGGAUCUUAGUCACAAUCUCCUCCAGGACUGUGAGGACUAUUUGACAGUGCUGACAGAGCUGGAAUAUUUAAAUGUUGCCUACAACUUUCUGCCCAGAAUUCCUGCUCUUGGGCUCCAUAGCAGGGCUAAAUUGGUGGCCCUGAUCCUGCGGUACAACCAGCUUGACAGUAUUAAUGGUGUGGAACAGCUAACUAGUCUACAGCACCUGGAUGUUGCCUAUAACUUGCUGUUGGAGCAUGCUUUGUUGGCACCACUAUCCUUACUGCACAACUUGAAAAGACUGCACUUGGAAGGGAAUCCAUUAUGGUUUGAUCAGAACCAUCGAGCAGCUACCAUGUUGCAUUUAUCUCCUAGGGUCAUUUCCAGUGAUUUCCUCCUUGAUGGAGAAGUGCUGUCUACCUCUGACCUGCGGCAUCUGUCCAAACUGGAUAAGGUGGUGGUUCGUCUACUGUAUACACCUGCUUCUGAGAGGGCCCUGACAGACCGUAGUGCCCUGGAAAGUUCUUGUGCGGCAGACCAAAGUGAUAGCCAAUCUGCUGGAGAGAGCAGAACUGCCAGGCUGCCACCUCAGAAGAAAACAAAGGGGAAAGUCAAAGUGCGCAGAGCCAGCAUCUCAGAGCCUAGUGAUACAGACCAUGAACAUUCAGCGCUACCUCUCUCAGCGGGUGUAGUUCGACAACACCAGGAAGAAAUGGAGCGCAUGGACAGUUUCCGGGAUCGUUUUGGUGCACACUGGCUCCAGUACAGAAGGCACCUAGAAGCUGGACAGACAGGGCCCAGCACACCCUCUAGCAGCCCCACAACAGACUCUAUGGGCAGUUCAGCUGAGGCUUCUGAACAAAUCAAGAGCACAGCGGCAGAGCAGGAGAUUGCUGAUGUUGCAGAAGGAAAGGAACUGGAGUUGCCACACGCUGAAGCUAUCCCAGCAGCAGUGGAAACGGAUUGUUCAGCGUCUAUAGAAGAAAGAGAUGAAGAAGAGAGACCGGAAGCGGACCUCUGCCAGCCGGUGCUGGUAAGCCAGAUAGAAGGUGAUGGUGACCCAGACCCAGACUGGAUCUUCCUGCGAGUUACUGCUCGACAUGUGAUGGAAGUUGAACUGAAAGCAGCCAAAGUAGUACACAGGCUAGAAGUGCAAAAUCUGCAGAAAAUAGAGACAUCGGAGAUACUGUGGAGAAGACUGGACUUGGAGUGUGUGUUUCCUGUUCUCACACUGCAUUUCAACUACAUCUGCAAGGAACGUCAGAAGCGUCGAUACAUAGUGCUGGAUGAUCAUCCUGAGCUUCGUGUACAGGAAUUGCUGAGAGUGUUGAAACCCACCCUGGAAGAAAAUGGGAAGAAGGGCAGAGAGCAGGCAGAGGGAGGUCCAAAGCUCCAGUGCUUGAAAUGUACACGGGAGUUUGCUGCAGGCUUGCUUUGUCAGCAGAAUCCGGGCCCUGCUGAAGAAACACCAGCAUUCUCUGAGCGAGCGGCUUCCGCUUUCACUGAACCCAUGAUCUGCCCCAGUUGCUUCAGUGACCACGUGGUCAUCUUACCCUGUGAAAGGCACCCCAGCGUACCACUGCCCCCUCAAGAAUGUCUUGAUGAAAGUCAAGAGGAAGGCGUGUCAGGGAAGUUUUAUAUCGGAGAAGAGAACUCUGAAACGGGAACCAGCUCCAGCACCCGGACUCAAGAGCUGAGCGGUGACCAUGGCAGUACUGUGCAUUCCAGUUCCCGCAGCUCUGAAGGGGGCACUGGGACCAGAAGGGAUUUGGGUUCCCGGCACUGCUACUCUUCCCUUAGCCACACAGACACCAAUGCUGGGAGCUUGAUGGGGAGCUAUGGCUACAGCGUUUCCCGAGGAACCACCCCUUCUCAGCUCUCCCUGAGCUCAGAGUAUGAGGAGCACUGGAACCUCAGCCCCCCCUCAAACGCCAUGUUGACCAUGCAGGACUUUUGUUCCGUGGACCAUCGUCUCAAGCUUUAUUUGGACAUGGAGGUCUUUGAUAAGUCAGAAGAGUUCAAGUGUUUCCUAAAGGUUGCUGUAGUGAAGAAUGGCCAGCCUGGAGAGUUUCUUACACUUGUGGUGGUUUCAGAUGUCCGGCUGUAUUUUUUGGAGAUUAAGGGAGAGAUCAGGGGGCAGCCAUCAGAUUGGCUGAAGAAGGGUGACUUCCACAGCCUCUGCAACCUCUGUGCCUGGGAGGUGGGACUGUUCCACCAGAGCUUGCACAUUGACUUUGAGAACCCAUGCGCUUCCUACACUCUGCUGCUUCGCAACCAGAACCGCUGCAGAAGAUUCCUGCAAUGCCUGACAUAUCUCAUGCGGGAAUUGCCAGCCAAAAGCCAGAGAGGAAUCCCAGAUGUUACCGUGGCAGAAAUGAGUCCACAUCAUCCACUAUGGGUAUUGCUCGACAAAGACCUAGCAAAAGAAGCUGGAGGUGGCUCAGCCAAGCCUUUCUUCUACCUCUUGGCCUAUCUCAUCCAAGGAGCGUCUGCCUUUCCUGUGACACUGCUCAGCACCCAUAGCAGUCUUUUCUUGGUGGAAGAAGAUCAUCAGAGGCAGAAAGACCCACCCUUCUCUGGUGCAGAAGGUGGUACUGAGAAGCUGCCAAAGAAUAACUUCCAGUUGAAAGAGAGUCAGCCAAUCAGCAGCAUCAGUGGCGUCAUACUCUACCGUUUCUCCCCUUGUGACAUGAAGCUGCAGCUUUAUGAUGAGGUCCUGAAGGUGGAGAGUACUUGGCACUUACGUACAGACUGUCCAGAUCUUCUGGCUGAGCUGGUUGAGUGGCUGCGAGUUCCCUGGGAAGAAAUGUUUUCAAUUGCUCUCAACAAGACAGUGCUUGAGGUGCUGGAGUGAAUGAGGGAAGAGUAUAAAGGGUUCUGACUGCUGUAUUUCUUUGUUUAAUUAGAAGGAUUUUUCUUGGGCUGCCUCCUGAUCUCUGCUGCAGUCUGACUGUUUUAAACUUUGCCAGAUUUCAGACAGCAGCAAUGUCUAAAAACUGCAAGUGGGGCAGCUUGCAUCUAAGAUAAUAGUUUUGGCAGAGAUUUGGCAAGAUUUGUAUUUGCGCUAUAAGACCUGUUAGUGAUUUUGUAGGCUACUUCCUGUUUGGCAGGAGACGAGUUUAGUCGGCCCACAAACUACUUCCUGUUGCACUGAAAGACCAAGGUGCCACCCUUGGGUCACUUUCUAAGCUGUCCACAGUAACCUUCUGUGCACUUGUCACUUUCUGUUGGGUUGCAGUUGCUGGGGAUCCUGGAACAGGGCUUGCCAACUAACUAGACCAGUUCUGGACUGUGCAUAGAACUGAAUGGUGCUAGCUUGGCUAACGGGGCGCGUGCAUUGUUGGUAUUCUCAAGGCAGAUGCUCAGAACUGUUUCUAAACAUCUGUAUAUAUGGAGAACUCGCUGUCUAGGCUGGUCAGGAACUGCACAUAUUGGCAGAACCAUUUAAAGGGUUUCCUUUGGUUAUUGGAGCAAGGUGUUCAGGAGUCUCUUGAGUGCAAAGAUACCUGGGUAUAGGUCACUGGAAGCCAUAAUCUUCCUCAGCUGAGCGAGUUUUUAACUGUGAGACUUUUUAUUUUCAAUAAAAAAAUUGUUAUAUUUAUUAAA